ACAGCGAAGGCUUUGCCCUGUGCCUACCAGCCCCAAGGAGGAAGGUGAGCACCCUGUGGCAGCCAGACCCUCCCUGGAGGUGCAUAGUCCGUCACUGGCGGUUUGGUGGUGCCGGGCCUCUCUGGGGCUGAUGCGGCUCUCCCAGGGGACGCCUGAACAGGCUCUUCUGAGGUUCUCGUUCUCUCCGGAGUGAGCCUGCAGGGUGUGGCCACCUCCUGGGGACCAUGCCAGAGGCACUCCUGCUCAGGGCUGCCAGCUCCAUCCUGAGGACCGUGUUAUUAAACAGACUACCGCCAGGUGGGCCUGAGUGUGUUCGCAAACUCAGUUUGAACCUGCGGUACCAGCAAGAAGUAAGACCGCAUACGAAAAGCAGAUCCCUGACUGAUGGGCAGAUGCUCUCCAAAGAGCCCCCAAGCCAUGCUCUCAAACUCUCGACCCCAGAGAAGGUGAAAGAUGCCCAGUUGAAUCCUCCAGAGGAGGCGCUAUGGACGACGCGGGCCGACGGGCGCGUCCGCCUACGCAUAGACCCCAUCUGCUCGCAGACUCCCCGCACUGUUCAUCAGAUGUUCUCCACGACUCUGGACAAGUAUGGGGACCUCAGUGCUAUGGGCUUCAAGCAGCAGGGCACGUGGGAACACAUCUCCUACACCCAGUACUACCUGCUGGCCCGCAAAGCCGCCAAGGGCUUCCUGAAGCUCGGCCUGGAGCGGGCCCACAGCGUGGCCGUCCUCGCCUUCAACUCCCCGGAGUGGUUCUUCUCAGCAGUGGGCGCAGUAUUCGCAGGUGGCAUCAUCACCGGCAUCUACACGACCAGCUCCCCUGAGGCCUGCCAGUAUAUCGCCUAUGACUGCCGCGCCAACAUCAUCAUGGUCGACACACAGAAACAACUGGAAAAGAUCCUGAAGAUCUGGAAAAAUCUCCCACAUCUGAAGGCAGUAGUGAUAUAUGGAGAGCCUCCUCCGACACAGAUGCCCAGCGUGUACACGAUGGAAGAGUUCAUGGAGCUGGGGAAUGAGGUGCCUGAGGAGGCCCUGGACACCAUCAUCAGCGCCCAGAAGCCUAACCAGUGCUGCGCGCUGGUCUACACGUCAGGCACCACUGGGAAGCCCAAGGGUGUGAUGCUGAGUCAGGACAAUAUCACGUGGACGGCACGGUAUGGCAGCCAGGCUGGUGAUAUCCAACCUGCGGAAAUCCAACAGGAGGUGGUGGUCAGCUACCUGCCUCUCAGCCACAUCGCCGCCCAGAUCUAUGACCUGUGGACAGGCAUCCAGUGGGGGGCCCAGGUCUGCUUUGCCGAGCCCGAUGCUCUGAAGGGGAGUCUGGUGAACACGUUGCGGGAGGUGGAGCCCACGUCCCACAUGGGGGUGCCUCGGGUGUGGGAGAAGAUCAUGGAGCGGAUCCAGGAGGUGGCGGCUCAGUCUGGCUUCAUCCGGCGCAAGAUGCUGCUCUGGGCCAUGUCGGUGACCUUGGAGCAGAACCUCACUUGCCCGAGCAGCGAUCUGAAGCCCUUCACAACCCGACUGGCAGAUUACCUGGUGCUAGCCAAGGUCCGCCAGGCGCUAGGCUUUGCCAAGUGUCAGAAGAACUUCUACGGGGCAGCCCCCAUGACUGCGGAGACACAGCACUUCUUCCUGGGCCUCAACAUCCGUUUAUAUGCGGGCUACGGCCUCAGUGAGACCUCAGGCCCCCACUUCAUGUCCAGCCCCUACAACUACCGGCUCUACAGCUCUGGCAAGGUGGUGCCAGGCUGCCGGGUGAAGCUGGUGAAUGAAGACGCAGAGGGCAUCGGAGAGAUCUGCCUGUGGGGCCGCACCAUCUUCAUGGGCUACCUGAACAUGGAGGACAAAACGUGUGAGGCCAUUGACCCUGAGGGCUGGCUGCACACGGGCGACACGGGCCGCCUGGAUGCCGACGGCUUCCUCUACAUCACGGGGCGUCUCAAAGAGUUAAUCAUCACGGCUGGUGGGGAGAACGUACCCCCUAUGCCCAUUGAGGAGGCCGUGAAGACAGAGCUGCCAAUCAUCAGCAACGCCAUGCUGAUUGGAGACCAGAGGAAGUUCCUGUCCAUGCUGCUCACCUUGAAGUGCACUCUGGACCCUGACACCUUUGAGCCCACGGAUAAUCUGACGGAACAAGCCGUGGAGUUCUGCCAGAGGGUGGGCAGCAAAGCCACCAUGGUAUCUGAGGUUGUGGGGAAGAAGGAUGAGGCCGUGUAUCAGGCCAUCGAAGAAGGGAUCCAGAGAGUCAACAUGAAUGCAGCUGCACGACCCUACCACAUCCAGAAGUGGGCCAUUCUUGAGAGGGACUUCUCCAUUUCAGGUGGAGAGCUGGGUCCCACAAUGAAACUGAAACGCCUUGUAGUCCUGGAGAAGUACAAAGAUGUCAUCGAUUCCUUUUACCAAGAGCAAAACAAGUAAGCAGGGGUCAUCCCUCCCUGGUUUCUCCUUAAGAUGGCAGGCUGAGCGUCUUCCUGACCCCCAGGUCCUCUUCGGUCUGGGCACAUGGACUUCUGGCAAGUCUCUUAGGUUCUCCAGGUUAGGUACAGUCCUGGUAUCUGCCAGGUCUUACACCAACAAUAGUCAACAAUCCCGAGAAGCUUCAUGUGUCAACAGUUUUAAGUACUGCUUUUUGUUCAGGUGACAAUGAGAUUAGCUCUCCUUCCAGAACUAAAGGGCUGACAGUUUGGGACCUUAGCUUCAGGUAGAUUUAACAGGCUGCUAGCUCACUUCACCGGCCAGCUGGAGGCAGACUGGAUGCCAAGGGGAGGGAGGAGAGGGAAGACGGCUUUGAUGAAGUGUGCAGCCAGGAAAGCCUCAGUUGUGACUCCCCUAACGGCCUGGCUUACUGUGGACUGUCAUUGGAUGCUGCCGCUCCCAUCAUCCCGUUACCAGGCAUUCCAUCAAUGCAUACGCCCACUGACUCUGAUGCUUAAUAAAAGUGCUGCUGCCUAUUUGAUUGUAUUUAAUGUGUAACUUGAAAUUAAACUUUUUAACAGAA